UACGAGUGCGCGCGAGUCUUUGCGUUAUCCAGAUUCUUUGUACCAUUCCUAGCAUACCACAAACAGACAAACUCCUCGUAUUAACGGACCAAAAUCCGUCCUAAUUAUCCAAUAAAGUCGGUGAAGAGGCUCACAUUUUCAAUUUUGAAACAUUGAACACUGAAGUAAACAACAUCAACAGUGAGAUAGUACCGUAGAGUUGCAUUAUAUGUUUGGAUGUUUUGGACAUCAAGAAUGGCAUCACCACCACAUCAUUUCACGCAAAAUUCAAAUAACUAUGAACAAUCAGAUAUGCGUUCUUUUGGACCCUUACCAACGCCCAAUCAAAUACCUACGUCAAAUUCAAUGGAGAGCCUUGUGGCACCCCAAACGACCGAUCCAAUGGACAGUGUGGUGGAAAAUCAAAUGAAUCCGAGCAUCAGUGAACGUGUUCCAAUGAGUAGCAACCAGAGGACUCCUCCUCAUCAUGCUCCAAUCCAAAUGUCUAUGCAUCACAGACCCACGGAGUUUCCACCAGCCUUGAACCACCAUGAGAUUAACCAACAACCUGCAGAUGAAGCUACAACACCUCCCGUUCCCAACCAACAUCGGCUGCGAUUCAAGGCAUCCAAUACUGUAGCUCUUUGUAGAUUUGGUGAGGAAACAGUAAAGUACAUUUUUAGCAGUGUUCAAGAGGUUUUUAAUACUAUCCAGCAGAUUCUGGAUCUAGAUGGUACUCCACAAUGCCUUAGGACCAACAACGAUACCAAGGCCAAACUGCAAGAUCGCCUGCUUACCAUUAGAGUUCUCUUCAAAAGGCUUCGAUAUAUAUACGAAAAGUGCAAUGAAAAUUGUCGGCUUCAAGGCUUGGAGUACAUAAAUAUCGAAAGUUUGAUUUCUUAUAAAGAUGAAGUAGAUCAGAAACGUUAUGAAAGGAAGAAUUCGGACGACUAUAGAUCAGCGUGCGAAGAAAUCGAGGAGAUUAAGGAACAAAUUGUUUUGAGAAAUGAACAGAUAAAAGAAAUUAUUGAUAAUUUGCGUCGGACUAUUAGUGAUAUUAAUACAGUAUUGACAAUGAGGAAGUCUUGAUUAGUUCUUCAGUAUAAAAGAUUCGUGAAGUUGUUUUAUUUGUGUUUUUAAAGUAUCUUUUUCACUAUCUUAUUCAUUCAUAGGGUUACUUAUUUUGAAUAACUUAGUUUUUUUGAAAGUAGAUGUAUUUUUUAUAUGUAUGAUGACAUGUACAUGAUAUUUCUGGGACCAUUCAAAAUAAAUUCAGUAAAAUCAAUAGUAUUG